GUUCCCACCAGACGACACAUCUGGUUCCUGAGUGAAUAAUGAAUAUUGUUGUAGGCUAUGUAGUAUUUUUAAGUCAAUCUCGUGAGGGGAGUGAGGGGGGUUAUGCAUGUAAGUAAAUGAUGACACAAUUACAAUGACGUAUGAACAUUACUGAAAGUUUUACCAUUUAUUAAGUUGUUGCUUACAACAAAGCGAAUGCAUCAUGUAGCAAUAAUGACGCAUUCAUAUAAUGACUAAAACAUGUCGCCAACUACUGGCCCCUAAAGACAUCUUUUUGGUGAACUGAUUCAACAUAUUUGACUCACUGGGAUGAAUCAAAUCUCCACAGCGGUCGCUCUGUCUGCAGCCAAAACAAGCGCGUCUUGUUGCUAUGCCAACAUUUGAGAGCUGCGUGCCAGAGCUGUAACUAACUUUGCCUUCGUCUGGGAACUGCUUUUCUUUUCUUCUUUGAUAUAAACUGCUUUGAAAAAUAAAAACUUUUCAGCGUGAGCUCUGACGUGAUUGUGCAGUGUGUCGACUAUUUCCCAUAAGGCCUCACUGAGAAUCAUGAAUUUACAGCAUGUAAAACGGAGACCAGAGCACCACAGCAAGCGCAGAGAGGACCGUCUGUACAAACAGCUUCUGAAUAAUGCAAGCCAAAUGCUUUCUUUCUCCAAAGAAGUUAUGGACGAGAUGGGGGCCAUUUCAUACAGAAAAGCUGACUUUAGCUGGCUUUUUCAUGCCACAGGCCCCUUAGCACCAGUUACCAGAUUAAAGAAAAUAAAGAGGCAUGAGAACAAUGAAAUAGCCUGCGACAUCAAUCGGUUAACCCAAGAAGAAGGUAGAAUUUCAGUACAGACUCCUGCAGUGAACACUAAGGUACCUUUCUUAAGUCUUAGUGAUCAAAGCAAGAUGUAUGAUGUGUUUAGAAUAACAAAUGCGUUCAGGGUGUUGAAUGUGCACACCUGUCUGAAGGAAUCCUCAACAGAGGAUUGUGAAGCCCAGAGCAGCAGGUGGCAGGAGUUUGCACAAAAUAAUACGGGGCAACUAUUACAGCUGAGGAAACAACAAAGAAUACCAGGUUAUGUGCUCUCUCCAGUAAGCACAGAUGUGCAGAACCGCUUAAAUAAGACAGCAACCACUGUGACCACCAAGCACAUUGAGAUCCCACAGGCCCCUCGGCUACAGGACAUCUUGAAUCCACGAGCUGUCUCAAAGAACAUCUCUGAACAGGAGAUCUUCUCAGCUGUAAGAGCAGAACAGCGAUGGAUGGAUCAGCCCACCAAAAUUGACUAUGUCCUAAAGCAGGGUCUCAGACCUCCUGAUUUCAGCGGACAGGACUCUGAGAUGCCCAAACUGUCUGUGGCUGAACUUUCUACACUUCGCUAUGCAGUUGAUCAAUGGAGGAAUGCCUGCAACAUCAAGUUGCCCUUGCAGAGAGUGACCAUCAAGGACCUAAAAAGGGCUCUUAGUGACCCUAAUUACCCAGCGCGGCUGGAGGCCAUCUUAACUUGUGCAUUGGGAGCAAUUAAUGGACCAAAAGAAGAGCUUGACCCAGGCAAAGCAGGUCAACAUAGUAAGGGAUGCAAAUUGAAGGCAGAUCCUCAGGAGCUGCAGGCUCUCAUUGUCUCAGCGCUUGAUGACCCAGUGAAGAGAGUUCAGAUGGCUGCUGCAGUGUGCCAGUAUGCCAUGAGGACACCUAACGCUCGCGCCAGAGACAUACUACGAAGCACUUUGAAGCAAGACCCUUCUGGCACAGGUGCAGACAGCUGGGUGGCAGCACAGUGCUUGGCGAUAGACGGUGAUGCGAGUCAAGCUGUCAUACAGAGACUCCUGUCACAGCACUUUCUCAAAGACGCUCCUUCAGAUCACGAGCAAUCUAUGAUGUUUCUCUCCAACAUUAGCAGCAAGACUACACUAGUGCGCUCUCUUCUGGCAGAAGAGUUAAACAGUGCUAACUGGAGAACACGAGUUCAGGCUUGUACUACCAUUGCACAACUCAGAAGUCCGAUAAACAAGGAUCUUUGCAACAAACUGAUAUACAUGAUGUGGAACGACUGGAGCUGUGCCGUUCGUCACGCUGCAGCACUGGCACUGAGUAAAAUGGAUGUGGCCAGAGAGAUGCACAGUGAGCUGAGUGCAAAGCUGGAGGAGGGUCCAACUGCUUGGCAGGUGGAAGCGCUGAUUUUCAUUGGCCAGCUCAAUAUAAUGUCACCCAAGCUACUGCCUACUUUUCUGCAGUGCUUUAAUGAUGACUUUGUGGCUGUGCGCAAACAAGCUUGCUUGACUGCAGCAUCUCUAAUGAUGGAUGACCAGUUGGUCCUGGAUCAGCUAAUUAACCUGAUGCAGAAUGAUCCAUUGUGGGAGGUGAAAGUGGAAGCUAUUAAUGCUUUAGGGAAAAUAGGUUGGAUGAACCCAGGUCUCCAGGAGUUGCUGAUGUGGGCUGUACAUCAUGAGGAGGAGCCCAGUGUGCGCAUUGCUGCCUGUAAAGCCCUGAGUACUUUAGGUGCAAAGGGUCCAGAGUUACAGCAUUUCCUACAGGAGCGUUAUGCACUGGAACCCAACACUGAGGUGCAGAGGCACAUUGAAAGUCUCCUGAAAAAGCAUGGAUACAGUCUGAAGGGAAACGAAAGCAAGAUUCAUGAGAUAAAGCUCCAGGUGGAGCUGUUGUGUACAAAACACAUCAUUACACAGAAAGUGCUCUUAAUGGAAGAGAGGGGAAAGCAGCAAGAGCAAAAAUUAUUGUACUGAAUUUAUGGUUUCAUUUGUCAUACUAUACCAAAAAAAUAUAAAGCCAGAAUCGAAUCUUUUAAGUUGUUUCACCUAAAAAUCAUCAACUGCAGU